GAGCGGGAGUUCGACAGGGCUAGGGGUCGGGAUGGGGGUGGGGUCAUAAAGCUGGGGCUGAUACCCGUGCUCCAGGACACCGCACGAACCUCGCCAAGUGACAGCGACCCGGGUCCGGUCGAGGGCAGCGAGGGGAGGAGGGAAGGAGGAGGAGAAGGAGGAGGAGGCGGGAGCAGCAUCCGGAGCGGAGCUGCAGCAGCGCCGCCUUUUGUGCUGCGGCCGCCGAGCCCCCGAGGGCCCAUCGCUGACGACCACAAAAGGGUUCAGAGGCCAUGGCCUGCCUCCAUGAGACCCGUACCCCCUCCCCCUCCUUUGGAGGCUUUGUGUCGACCCUCAGUGAGGCAUCUAUGCGCAAGCUUGACCCAGACACUUCUGACUGCACGCCUGAGAAGGACCUGACACCAACCCAGUGUGUACUCCGAGAUGUAGUGCCUCUUGGUGGGCAGGGCGGGGGUGGGCCCAGCCCCUCCCCAGGUGGAGAGCCGCCCCCUGAGCCUUUUGCCAACAGUGUCCUGCAGCUCCAUGAGCAGGAAGCAGGGGGCCCAGGGGGAGCAGCUGGGUCCCCUGAGAGUCGAGCAUCCAGAGUUCGAGCUGAUGAAGUCCGGCUGCAGUGCCAGAGCGGUAGUGGCUUCCUUGAAGGCCUCUUUGGCUGCUUGCGACCUGUCUGGACCAUGAUCGGCAAAGCCUACUCCACUGAGCACAAGCAGCAGCAGGAAGACCUUUGGGAGGUCCCCUUUGAGGAGAUCCUGGACCUGCAGUGGGUGGGCUCAGGGGCCCAGGGUGCUGUCUUCCUGGGGCGAUUCCACGGGGAAGAGGUGGCUGUGAAGAAGGUGCGGGACCUCAAGGAGACUGACAUCAAACAUCUACGCAAAUUGAAGCACCCCAACAUCAUCACUUUCAAGGGUGUGUGCACCCAGGCUCCCUGCUACUGCAUCCUCAUGGAGUUCUGCGCCCAGGGCCAGCUGUAUGAGGUACUGCGAGCUGGCCGUCCUGUCACCCCCUCUUUGCUGGUUGACUGGUCCAUGGGCAUUGCUGGUGGCAUGAAUUACCUGCACCUGCACAAGAUUAUCCACAGAGACCUCAAGUCCCCCAACAUGCUCAUUACGUAUGACGAUGUGGUGAAGAUCUCAGAUUUUGGCACUUCCAAGGAGCUGAGUGACAAGAGCACCAAGAUGUCCUUUGCAGGGACAGUCGCAUGGAUGGCUCCUGAGGUGAUCCGAAAUGAGCCUGUGUCUGAGAAGGUGGAUAUCUGGUCAUUUGGUGUGGUGCUGUGGGAACUGCUGACUGGCGAGAUCCCCUACAAAGAUGUAGACUCCUCAGCUAUCAUAUGGGGUGUGGGAAGCAACAGUCUCCACCUGCCAGUGCCCUCUAGCUGCCCAGAUGGCUUCAAAAUUCUCCUUCGCCAAUGCUGGAACAGCAAACCCCGAAACCGUCCAUCAUUCCGACAGAUCCUGCUACACCUGGAUAUUGCCUCAGCCGAUGUGCUCUCCACCCCCCAGGAGACUUACUUUAAGUCCCAGGCAGAGUGGCGGGAAGAAGUAAAGUUGCAUUUUGAAAAGAUUAAGUCAGAGGGGACCUGUCUACAUCGCCUUGAAGAAGAGCUGGUGAUGCGGAGAAGGGAGGAGCUCAGACAUGCCUUAGACAUCAGGGAACACUAUGAACGAAAGCUGGAACGAGCGAACAACCUGUACAUGGAACUCAAUGCCCUGAUGUUGCAGUUGGAGCUCAAGGAACGUGAGCUGCUCAGGCGGGAACAAGCUUUAGAGCGGAAGUGCCCAGGUCUGCUGAAGUCACACACUUCCCGGAGCCUUCUGCAUGGGAACACAGUGGAGAAGCUCAUCAAGAAGAGGAAUGUGCCACAGAAGCUGUCACCCCAUAGCAAAAGGCCAGAUAUCCUCAAGACAGAGUCUUUACUACCAAAACUAGAUGCAGCCCUAAGCGGUGUGGGACUUCCUGGCUGUCCUAAAGGGCCCCCCUCACCAGGACGGAGUCGGCGUGGGAAGACUCGUCACCGGAAGGCUAGCGCCAAGGGCAGCUGUGGGGACCUGCUUGGGCUUCGUGCAGCUGUACCAGCCCCUGAACCUGGACCAGAAAGCCCAGGAGGAGUGGGAGGGGGGCCUUCAGGCUGGGAAGCCUGCCCCCCAGCCCUCCGAGGGCUCCACCAUGACCUUCUAUUGCGCAAAAUGUCCUCAUCGUCCCCUGAUCUGCUGUCAGCAGCAUUGGGGACCCGGGGACGGGAAGCCACAGGGGAAGCUGGGGACCCUGGCUCACCUCCUCCAGCCCGGGGUGACACCCCCCCAAGUGAGGGCUCAGCCCCUGGCUCCACUAGCCCGGAUUCACCUGGAGGAGCAAAAGGGGAGCCACCUCCACCAGUGGGGCCUGGUGAAGGUGUGGGGCUGCUGGGAACUGGAAGGGAAGGGACAGCGGGACGGGGAGGAAACCGGGCUGGGGCCCAGCACUUGACCCCAGCUGCGCUGCUGUACAGGGCUGCUGUUACCCGAAGUCAGAAACGAGGCAUCUCAUCAGAGGAAGAGGAAGGUGAGGUCGAUAGCGAGGUAGAGCUGACAUCAAGCCAGAGGUGGCCUCAGGGCCUGAACAUGCGCCAAUCACUAUCUACCUUCAGCUCAGAGAACCCAUCAGAUGGGGAGGAAGGCACAGCUAGUGAGCCUUCUCCCAGUGGGACACCCGAAGUUGGCAGUACUAACACUGAUGAGCGGCCAGAUGAACGAUCUGAUGACAUGUGCUCCCAGGGCUCAGAGAUCCCCUUGGACCCACCUGCUUCAGGGACCCACCUGCUAGGCCCUGAACCUAGCUCCUUGCCCAUCUCACAGCAGGAACUUCUCAAAGGGGAGCAGGGCCCUCCUAAUUCUGAGGAUUCAGACUGUGACAGCACGGAACUGGACAACUCAAACAGCGGCGAUGCCUUGCGGCCCCCAGGCUCUCUCCCUCCAUGAAAGCCACACUUAUUUCCCUGUACAUAGAAAAAUAUUUAUAUAAAUAAUAUAUAUAUGCGCCACAUA